GGGGACAUUGGAGGAGGAGACAGAUGCAGAGGAGGGACGAGGUGACAACACAGAGCGGUGGUACUGGGAUAAUGGAGGCGUGAUUAGUACACAAAGUACAUAGAGAUCAGUGUGAGAAGAAAGGAUCAUCCAUAUUCAGCUAACUUCCUCCAGCUCAGCUCUGGUCACUGCCAGAGUACAAUAAAUGGAGGAUAAAAGGAAAAAGAGGAGUCCAAAAGUAUGUGUAACACAAACGCUUCCACCAGCUCCUGUAAGAAGAGCUUCUGCUCCUCCAAGUAAGAGUGCCACCUUCAGCCUGGGCCUCCCACAUCCACCCUCACCAAAGCAAAAGAAUAAGAUCAAAAGGUGUAUUAAGGAUCGUGGUCGGCCCGCUGCUCCCUGUGAAGUGGUGACUCCGGGGCCUAGUCUUCAGCACUCCUUCCUAACUGAUGUAUCCCAUGUAUGUGAAAUGGAAGGGGGUCUCUUGAGUCUUCUCAAUGACUUUCACUCUGGAAAACUUCAAGCAUUUGGCCAAGUUUGCUCUUUUGAGCAACUAGAAAGAGUGAGAGAGAUGCAAGAACAAUUAGCUCGCCUCCACUUCAGCCUAGAUGUGUGUGCAGAGGAAACGAGAGAUGAGACCUACGCAGAGAGGAACCUGGAGCAGUUACUAAAUAAUCUUGAAGAACUGAGCAACUCCAUACAAAAGCUAAAUCUGGCAGAAAACCAGGAAGCACCACCAUCUCCUAAUGAAGAUAUCACAGAGAGUAUCAACUAGGGAACACUGGACGAAAACUACAGCAAGAUGUAGAACACUAGAAGAUGGUAAAAUGCAAGGAGUCCGCAAGUACUAAAGGGUUCUUGCUGCUUUAUGAAGCCAUAUAGAAGCACAAAGAUGAAUGAGGAGAAUGAAGAAUAGGCUCUUUUACAGGAGUUACAAGCACAACACAGGAAACGCAUGGAUUUACGUCCCAUGAGAUAUAGAUGGCAUCAAGCAAUAUAGACAAUUCUGCCAUUUUAUGGGACUAUGGCCUGGAUGAUUUAUCAAACUGUGUGAGAGAAAAAAUAGAGGGAUCUUUCCACAGCAACCAAUCACAGCUCAGCUAAUGAGCUGAGGUAAAGUGAAACCUGAGCUGUAAUUGGUUGCUGUGGGAAAAUCACUCUAUUUUUUCUCUCACACAGUUUGAUAAAUCUGGGCCUAUAAGUGUAUAAGCAAUUGUUUUUCUUUAGUUUGCGAGGUAAACUGUUUUAAUAUAUACAAAAUGGAAAUAAAUUCUUUACUUCCUAAUAAAAUAGCUUAAUACUUAAUAUGAAGGCUGCCAAGUUAUUUUCCAAUCUUAUUAAGUGAUGGUGUAUCGCUAGUGUAUUUAUGAUCAGUAAGGAAUAUUAGCAACUGUAGAGAACCCAAAUUUUCAUACACAAAAAAAUUAAAGCCCAAAAGGCUUGAUCAAAGGGGGUUACCCCACCGUAAGGACAGUAUGGUUUUUCUGCAUGCACCACAACUACAACAACUUUCAGGGACCUAGGGGUAGAUGUAAUGGACAAUAAUACAAUGGCAGUGGCACUGCGCCACAAGCUGAUCAUUCUUCUCUUGUCAAGCCUGAAUUAAAGGAGACCUGCAGCCAUAGACACUUGUCCUCUAUCCUGUGGAUAGGGGAUAAUUGUCUGAUCGCGGGGGAUCCGACCACUGGGACCCCCAUCGAUCUCCCUUAUGGGGACCCGGCAUUACCACGGCACUGCGUGUCAUCGACCUCACUGAGGUCAACAACACGCCCCCUCCAUACAGCUCUAUGGGAGAGGUGGGGGAUGUAUAAACACUGCAUCUCUGUCUAUCCCAUAAAGAUACAUGGAGGGGGCGAGUGGCCGCGGCAGCCCAUACGGGAGAUCGCAGGGGGUCCCAGCAUUCAGAGCCCCCCGUGAUCAGACACUUAUCCCCUAUCCUGCGGAUAAGUGUCUACGGCUGCAGAUCUCCUUUAAUAGACUUAACAUUGGAAUGGAAGGGGCAGGGGAUUGGUAAAGUAGGUGUGACUUAAAAGG